AGCGCAGAUUAUUCUGUCCCGUACGGGCCCACCCCCCGAUCACAACACAUCAUCCCGGGCCACGUUCAUUCCCCUUUGCUGAAACACUGCUAACAUCUAUCUCCAUGAAGGGAAUCCGCUGUUGGAGAGAUGACUGGGUGCUCAUAAACGAUUGAGCGUCCUCAAGUGAGCGCCCACCCUACACGGCUGCCCUUAGAAGUAUGGACCAGCUCCCAUCCCAGCAAAUGCCCGAACAUUGGAACACUCGGUGUGUUCCGAGGAUGGUAUGGUGAAAGUCUACGGUUCUCCAUGUCAGCAGCCCCUUGGGACGGGGAUGCAUGCUGCGAGUCAGAGAUUGUUCUCUGCCUAGCCUCUGCUAAAUCGAAGCGCCGCCCGCGUGCUCAGCGAGCCUUGAUAAUUGCACCCCUCUCAUUCGGUGUUAUGACACCAUCUCGACACUGGCUCCGUGGGCAGCAUCCGCACGAUGUGAGGGCGAUCGCCGUCCAUUACGAAGCGGACGCCUACAUUCCAGACAAUCUUCACACAUGGUUCAAAUCUGUCCGCUUGAGAUCCUGCUCAUGUUGCUGUCGAAACCGUAAGCUCACCAACCAUAUUCAGUGGGCACAAGCCAGGUAUAUAUUGCUUCGUGUAGCAUUUCUGCUCACAAAGUCUCAGAUGCCAUCGCUUCGCUGUUCUAACCACGACUUGACCAGAGCUGUGCACGCGCCAGAGCGCAUACAUCAUCGUCCUCGUGGGAGUCAGACCAUGCCUUGCCGGGCUAGGUAUGGUCUCCGUUCAGCCAACGGUACACAACUUGAAAAAGAAAACUGGGGCCGGUACCGAUCAGUGCCAUUUGCAGACUUCGAGGGGUGAAACUAUAUAAUGUUUGGCAUCAGCCAUGCGCUCGGCUGGCGGCAUGACGCUACAGAGUCCUGCCAUGACAAGCAUCUUUCCCCCAUCGUCCAGGGUUCUUAAUUACCUGGACCUGACGAACCAUUACUCCGCAGAGGCGGAGCAACUGGAGACCGCGUGAAGAACCCACGCGACUGCA